AGAAACACAGUUUCUGUGAUGUCUUUUGGGAUUUUUUUUCCGUAUGUAAAUGAUACAUUUUCCAGUUGUCAUAUAAAACCAUGUCAAUAUAUUUUUAGUCUCAUAAUUAUUAUUAAAGGAGAUUAAGCUAUCCAUGUGGAUGUUCUAGUUGUUGGACACUUUUCAUCCUGGUUAACAUUCCAUAACAACACGCAAAUAAAAUCAUAAAUUCAGACAGACACAAGGAUAAACGAAUGUUCUGAUUAAAUUACAGAGUCUAAUAUAAAAAUUGCCAACAUGAACUAUACAGAAGACAAAGAACUUUCACGUGACUUUUACCAUUACUUGUGUAACAUAAUUGGUUCUGAAGAUGUUGUAAAAACAAGGCGCAAUAUAUUUACAGUUAUGGACUUUAUAAUUAAUACAUGUAAUACUUAUAAACACAUUACAUUUAUAAGUAGUGGCAGUAGAGCAGAAGGUAUUGAUCUAAAGGGCAGUGAUUACGAUCAAAUGCAUGUUCGUGAAGGAUUCCGUGUGUAUGAGAGUAUUAUGGAUGAGAAUGAGGGUGUUUUGGAUGAAAUGUACACCUCAAAUAAAUUACCUCUGCUAAUGGACUACUUAGAUACAAAACCUGGAUUUACGAAACUAAAAUUGUAUAACAAAGUACGUAUACACACCAACACAAUGCAACUAACGGACAAAUGGUCUUACACGUUUGGAAAUGACACAUUCCUUUCGAGCAAAAUUAUCAGGGAAUCAGAAUUAUAUCCUGGUACAGUUAUUCACGGUCCUUGUCAAUCUAUACCAGAUAAACUUGAUAUUGCUGAUUGUUUCCGAUGUAAAGAAUGGAUUUUACAAGCUAAACAGUGGAUAGAUAGACCAAGAUCUACUUGGCCAGAUUAUAAACUUGUUACUACAGUUGUUCAAUAUGGUGUUUUAUUUGUUCCUAUUGGAUGUAAAAACUCCCCAAGCGAGGACAUAGAAUGGCGGAUUUCAUUUUCUAUGGCCGAAAAACAGUUAAUUUGUUCGUUUGCACACUCGCAGCUAUUAUGUUAUGCGUUAUUGAAAGUCGUUUUGAAAGACAUAAUCAAACCUAAUCACGGGGAUCUCAUUUGUUCAUAUUUCCUUAAAACAAUAAUGUUUUGGUUAUGUGAAGAAUCGAAUCCUUCAGAAUGGAAACCAGAAAGAACGAUUUCUUGUUUCAUGAAAUGUUUGAGACGACUUAUAUACUGUGUAGAAUAUAAAACAUGUCUACAUUAUUUUAUCCCAGACAACAACCUGUUUGAUGAAAGAUUUACAGAUGAACAACAAGCAGAAUUACUGUAUACGCUACGGCUGAUAUAUACGUCCCCUUGGGUGUCAAUUUUUGCUACGUCGACCUUUCAAAAGUAUAUAACAGAUUCAGGAAAUUCACCUAUAUUAGACCUUACAUCGUCUUCGUUAUCGUGUCUCUUUUAUCCACAUUUUCUAAUGCAAAAUCGAAUGUUAAAACUUGAUCAUGCAACCAUCAAACGUUCCCUAAUGGCCUUCAUUUUUUUUCCACACGACGAAUUCUGCAAAUACAUGAUGUCUGUUUGUUUAAACAAAUGCACACAGAGGCUAAACGUGCUGAUCUUUAACAGGAGCAACAAAUCCUUGUAUAAAGAUUACAAUAUAACAUUAGGCGGCUUCAUGCUUGGUUUAUUUUCUGAUGCAUUGACAUCUUGGUUGCAGUUAGCAUCAUUCUUUUACAAAUGUAAGCGUUUUCAACUAUGCAUUGAUAUAAUAACCUAUUGUCUUUCCAAGUGUACGACAGAUAAAUUAUAUGUGCGUGUGUCAAAUAGUUUAAAAGAACAAACUGUUUUCCAGAAAAUCAAGCAAGCAGUUGGUUUAUGCCUGACGUGUAAACAUUUUAUACUUCAAGACGUACGAUUUAUUCAUCCAUUUCAUUUACUGCCAACAGAACUGAUCACUUUAACAACAAUUUGUAAAUAUGUCAAGAUCCCCCCUGUUGUUUACUGUAAUAUGUUAUUAUUGUUGUGCUUUCAUCAUCUUCACGACGCCAGUGGAAAACGUAAUGCUGUUCGGGAUCUUGAAUUAGCAAUUAGAGAAAUGUGUUUUUUUGAUGAGGACAAUUUUGGGACCGUCGACAGGUGCUUGGAGAUAAGUAAUGAAAUGAUAUAAUAAUUUAGAACAAAUGUAGGAAACACAUCGGAAACAUGGGUAUGUCGAAAGAACACUUUCCUCUUUCCAGUACUUUUACAUUCUUAUUUGAUUUCAAAUGUGCAGGUAUAUAACUGUCGAUGUAAAAUAAGUCAUAGGUUCAUAGCGAGUUAAACAAGAUGUCAGAGAUCGGGAAAAGUUAAACUUAUUGUUGUGAAUCUUUAAAUAAAUGAUGAAACCUUAGAUUAUUGCAUCUAAAA